AUGAACGCCAUCUUGAAAAGGGCGCAGGCUUUCAUCUCCUUCGAGGAAGGCGAAGCGGCCGCAGUCAAAGCAUCAAGGGGAAAUGGCGUUACUCGAAGCUCGAGCCAAGACCCGUCCGCCGCGCCCCGAGCAAACGAGAGAAAGAGGGACGACAGGUCCCGCGACACAAAGGAGCGCAGAGGGCCAGCAGGGCGUUUCAACGACUAUACCCCCUUGAAAGUUUCACGCGAGAAGAUCCUGGCCGAGUGCAUAAACGCCGAAUUCAGAAACUCCAACAUCAGGCCCCCGAAGCCGAAUCCCUCCCGGCCGGGGACCGACAAGUCCAAAUACUGCAAGUAUCACAAGAGCCACGGGCACCUGACGGAUGAGUGCAUACACCUGAAGGACGCCAUCGAGACACUGAUCAAAGAGGGUCACCUUUCUAAGUACACAAAGAGAGGAAACCCUCCCAGAAGGAAUGACCGUCGGAGCUCCGACGAGGGCAACUCCCCGAAUGCCAGGCCGCUGCAGGUGGCGUUAUCCGUCACCCGAACAGAAGACUUCAUACCCUCGGUCGGAGUGACAUCUGCCCUCAGCGUCUGGGAAGGGUUCCCGACAGCAAUGCUGAUAUCCAACGGCGGGGACCCUGGCUCCCUCACAAUCGGCUCCGUGAAAAGGAAGUUCGACGAGUUGAUCAGCACCACCACGGACCUGACCCCGACCCUGAGGAGGUUCAAAGGGAGGUCAGAACCGAUCACUUUCUACUUGGAGGAGCUACCCGGCGGCGCCCCGAACGCCACAAUCCCACUGCUCCUGGACGACUCACAUCUCACUCCUUACGUGGGAUCCGACCUCCAAGGAUUCAACGGAACAACCACAAAGCCGUGGGGUUACGUCGAACUGCUCGUCUCCUUCGGGGAGGGGGAAGCUUCCAGGCAAGUCAAGACACGGUUCUUGGUGAUAAACUGCAAGACCCUCUACAACUGCAUCAUCGGGCGCCCCACUUUGGCCGAACUCACUGUCGUUCCCUCAACCGUUCAUCUGAAAAUGAAGUUCUAUACGAAGAGGGGACGAGUAGUCACUGUCAAUGCCGACAUCGAAGCUGCUAGGAGGAUAUUCGACGCAUCGGUAAAGGGACUGGAGCUAAUCGCCCCACCCUCCAGCUCCAACAAAAAACCAAGGGCUGAAGAUAAAUUCCCUCCUGAAGAUCGGCAGACGACCACAGACGUCAGCUCAGUCGACCUCGACGCUCGGUUCACAGAAGAAGAGCUAAAGAACGGCGAAGAGCCACAGCCGAAGACAGCUCACCCUAUCCGGCCCAUUCCAGACGGGGAUUUCGAGCUCAUUCCUCUGGGUGACAACCCCAACAAGGCUGUGAAGAUCGGCAAGAACAUCCCGGAUACACCGAGGAAGCAGCUCAUAGCUUCCCUGAGGAACAAUGCCGACUUGAAAGUUAUCAAAACACGAGCAUACAACGAUAACACUGAAGGUGCAGAUAAACAGAUAUAA